AUGAACAGGUUGUCGAGCCAUCUUUCGCAAAGACGCUUCUUUUUGAACUGGGAGCUGGCCGUCUCGUCAGUCCCGUUUGAUUGGCUGGUUUCUGUGGACCCGUUGGUGGCGUGGCCGUCCAGCGACGGCUUGAGGUUCUCUUUUUUGAACUCGUCCUCCAUCACAAACACCUUGGUGCGGUACUUGAGCAGCGGCUCCCAGCCGGUUUCCAAGACGAUAUCGGUGAGCAGCUUGUACGCCUUGGCGAACGUGGACUUGAGGUUGGCGGCCGCGAGGUUCAGCAGACUCUGGUCCACCUUGUCGUGCUCAGCAGCCACGUCCAGCGAGCUCAGGUUCGUCACGCUGCCCAGACUCACGUCCACGGGCAACGGCAGGUGCAGUUCUUCCGACCGCGGAUGGUUCACGCGUCUGAGCAUGUAUUUGUCUUUGUGA